GAAGACUUGAAGAGCCAUGACGUCAACUGUACAGUCUCUGCGUUUCCCACUGCUUCCACAUGAACCAGACCAAGACCGGACACAUAAUUGUGAUCAGGAGAUUGAGAGGCACUAUCAAGUAGUGCCCUCCGUUGUAUGUGCCAUGUGCUGCCUCUUUGGUAUCAUCUAUUGCUUCUUUGGAUACCGAUGCUUCAAAGCAGUGAUGUUCCUGACUGGGCUGAUGUUUGGUUCAGUAAUCAUCUUCAUGUUGUGCUACAAAGAGCGGGUGCUGGACACUCAGCUAAGCGUGGAGGCCUCUGUGGGCAUUGGCCUGGGCAUUGGCGUGCUCUGUGGGCUAGUCACCAUGCUGGUACGCAGCGUCGGGCUGUUCAUGGUUGGGCUGCUGCUGGGGCUACUACUGGCUGUGGCUACACUGGUAGUGAUGGAGCAGUUCUAUCACCCGCCUACUGUCUGGAUUCCCAUUGGUUUAUUGCUGGGCGUGGGCAUGCUGUGUGCUGUCCUGACCCUACAAUGGCAGCGCCUCUUCACCACAUUGUCGACUGCUGUCUUCGGUAGUGCUGUCAUGACUGCCACCGCUGACUACUUUGUUGAGCUCUUUUUGCUGCUGCAGUAUGUUUAUGAGCGUGUCAAGGUGGCACCUGCACGGCCCAUCUGCUGGUACAGCUGGGUCAUCCUGGGUACUUGGCCUGUCCUGGCAUUUUUGGGUGUCUUGGUGCAAUGGAAAGUCACAGCUGAAGGAUACUCACAUACUGAAGUGAUUAUCAGUCGACAGCAGCGUCGUGUGCAAUUGAUGCGGAUCAAGCAGCGGGAAGAGCGGAAAGAAAAGAAGAAAAAGCGGCCACAUCCUCACCCCCACCUGCAACAUAAGGCCCACCCGCCCGAGCCGGCCUACCGCCGCAAGCCUAAUCCUGUGCGCCGAUUUGAUGGGGAUGUGCUCUCCCCUAGCUACAUACAGAGCUUCCGAGAACGGCAGACAGGUUCCUCUCUCAACAGCCUCCUGGCCAACGCUCAUGCUACUAUUGACAUAGACUAUGACUGUGGCUCCACUGUGCCCCUGACCACCGGCUCGGGUCCUGCCAUGAGAGUAUAGACCAGCACUUCCCCCAGAAUACAAGUGCUGUCUCCUGUGGUCACCUGGGCCAAGCCAUGUGGCUAG